CGAAGCUAAAUUCAGUCUCUUACGACCAUAGCAAGUGAAAAAGUUUAAAAUUUGUAGCAGGAAGACAUUCGCCAACAACAAAUUGGCUUUGAUCGCUGCUACCCAACAAUAAAAUAAAACACUGAAAAACAACAAUAACAAAUAUAAGAUUAAAAGUGCGUGUGUCAGUCUUAAGUUCUUAACUACAAAGUUCACAUUCAACUCAACACAACAACAAAAUGGCACAAACCGUCGUCCAAAUGACCGCCGAACAGUUGCAGUCACUCAUCGAAUCGGUUCGCUUGGCUGCCGUCGCUGGUGCCAGCAGCGCUGCACCAGCCACCAUUCAUACCAAGGGUUCUUUCACCAACUGCACCAGCCGUUUCGGUGGUCAACGCGACCAUGAGGCGGUCGAGGAGUUCAUCACCUCGAUUGUGACAUACAAAGAAAUCGAGUCGAUUAGCGAUGAGGAUGCCCUCAAGGGUCUAUCUUUACUGUUCUAUGGAUUGGCGUCCACUUGGUGGCAAGGCGUGCGUAAAGAAGCGAAGACUUGGGGCGAUGCCAUUGCCCUGAUACGCGAUCACUUCUCACCCACCAAGCCGGCGUAUCAGAUUUAUUUGGAAAUCUUUGAGCAGAAGCAGGAGGACUCUGUGCCAAUUGACACUUUCGUUUGCCAGAAACGUGCGCUCCUAGCACAAUUGCCUGAGGGACGUCACGAUGAGGAGACCGAAUUGGAUUUGGUUUAUGGUUUGUUGGAUAUCAAAUAUCGUAAGAAUAUUCUACGUCAAGAUUUGAAAUCAUUCCGUGAAUUGCUGGAGAAGGGACGUAUCAUCGAACACAACAACCUGGAGUCGGAGGCAGUGCAAGGUGGUCCGGUGCGUGGCAUGAAACGCACCAAACGCUGCACUCACUGCAACUUCCGCGGCCACACGUUCGAGGAGUGCCGCAAACGCAAAACGGCUUCCGCCGGUGAUGAUUAAAUGUAGGCACCAUACACCUCUUCAGCAGCUAAAACCAGCGAUGCACAAAACCAUAUCCGAUGACUACACACAAUGCACCUGACAAAAACACAGCACACCACAUCACAAAGAACAAACGUCGGACGAUGAUGUCAUCAGACAGUGACGACUUCGCCCGUGCAGCUUACGUCGCAGUCAAAUUACUAAAGCAAAACUUUCGCUCUCAACUACGAAACAGCAAAGCAGCGUCGAACUUUGGUCCCUUUGGCGUAACGCGGCAACAGCAGCAACAACACUACUAGGUUUUAGUAUUAGCACAAACAUACAUACAUACAAGCAUACAUACACACAUUAUUAUCGUGGCUCUGAGUUGCUCAAAGUUCUCUUCAAAUCUAAAGGAAAUUCGUUUUCUAAUAGUGGCGAAGAGAGCGGCGGGCGCUUGGAGCCACAUACCACAAACGCUGUGCCAAGCACGGCUACUCAUGGCUGCGAACGCCAUACAACAACCAAUCUUCUAAAAGACUAAAUCUUAAUGAAGAGCAAAGUACUAUUUGAAUUUGAAACCAACUCCAGUUCUUCAGAACUGACAAUCGAGCCACGAUUCAGAUCAGCCAAGCGUCAGUAAUACUAGGCGCUCUUAGCUUCGCUUAGCAUUUCUUGCAACAAACAAGUUUCUUUCUUCCAUCGAUGUGAGUAGUGAUUUCCUGCUCUGCUGGUCUCGAGGUGAGAGUUACGUUUGCUUGACUAAGCAGUUGAGAUUCUUACGGGGCUCUCAGUUGCUCUGCAGGCUAUUACGUGUCUCCUACCUUUGGCUGUGAGUGCAAGUUUUCAUUGCUUUUCGGUGGAAGAGAGAUAUGUUUGUUUUGUUGUUUGAAUUUCUAAGGUCUGAAGCUGAUUGCGCUUUUUAUGAACUUGACUGUGAAGAUGAGUGGCUCAAAACCCCGCUGCAUUCGUCUGCGGACGGCUGUGGUUCAAGCGCUGUAGAGUGACUGUUUAAUUGGUGCAUUUUUCUGCAUUUUCCGCAUAUGAAGGGGGCAUGUUGAUGUCUGGUGGGUACUUUUCGCGGCGUCUCGGCGUUGUGCCAAGCGUUCAUCAGCUCAAUUUGCCGCUGGCAGUUUGUGGCAAAUGCAGAACCGUUCCAAUUUAACUCAAACUAUGAAUAUGGCUUUUGAGCUCGGUCAGCCGCUCUCGAAUUUGGCAACAACUUAAAAAAACCGUUGCAUUUGGAGGUGCUGUCUGACAUUUUGUAUACCGAAUUGAUACCGUUUGGCUAUGCGUUCGGCAAUGCGGGUUUGACGGGCUCAUCUUUUGCUGCUUCCGUUCAUUGUAUUUCCCCUCGGGGACUUGCUUUGUGCGUGUGGGCGUCAGGAGGUGCUUCCGUUGAAUUCAUUUUUCUCUCGUUUAGCCGACAUAUCAGUGCGGUUUGCAAUCAUGUUGUCGGUAACUCCAAAUGUGGCAAAACCACAACAAACAAAAAAUCGCGUUUAAGCACACUUUUGGACUAAAUUGUACAACGAUGGCUAUGCGUUCGCCAUUCGUACAAUUGGCACGCCGAAUUGACGAGUCGCAGUGUAAAUUCCUUUGAAUUACUCCGCGACGUCAAGCUUUUGGCUCGCCAACAAAAAUGCAUUCCUGCAUUCACUCACACUUUCCAGCUGAGAUCAGACGCUCGUUUUUCCUCCGAAACGAAGUGUUGACCUCGGCUCUCAUAAUGAAAAACAGCAUUUCUCAUGUGUUAUGUGUUAUUUCAUGCUCGCAGUAUUGAAAUUGAGACAUCAAAGCGUGUGUACCACCAAUCGAACUUCACACGAGAGCGCCAUAAUUGCGGAGGACUUGGCCGAAAAAACGUCUGAAGUGAAACUGGUGGCAUCACCGGCUAAUAGUUUGGCAAAGUUACUGGAAAAUGAGUUUGAGAUAUUAAUUUCACCUGAGGAAUGCUGCCUUACUUUACACUUUAUACGGUUUAAGUAACUAAUUCUUUGUAACUAGCAGUAAGCAUUGGAAGAGGAAGUAAAAAUUAAAAAAAAAAAAAAA